GUCCGCUAGACUGAGUAUUUUCCUAUUUCGUGACACGAGAUAACCACCAAAAAAAAUUUAUUUUUUCUCACUAAGCGUACAUUUCCUGCGGCUGUUUGCUUCUGUUUUUCAUUUCAAAGUUGAAAUCGAUGGCUCAUUUGCUGGGACAAGCUCCUACCACUGCCGCAACAGCUAUCUCUGCUAGGACUAGGGUCGGGAACCGGAAGAGGAGCCCCCUCCAUUCUUGGAAAAAUGGUUACUUUCCAACUCCGAAAAUGUGCUGCGUUGGCCACCAAUUUCAGUAUCAGGCCUCUACAAUCUCUGAUCAUGAUCAACUCCCCCCUCCCGGGGAUGACCACUCUCUGCGUCGCAGGACAUUGAUGGGGUUGAGUGGUACGUUACUGUUGGGGUUGGGUUUGAGUGAUGAGCAAAGUGCAAGUUUUGCUGCAAGGCCUCCACCGCCUCCACCGAAGGAGAAAAAGGAUCCGAAUGUGAGCGGUGUUCAGGCAAAAGUAUUGGCUAGCAAGAGGAGAAAAGAAGCCAUGAAAGAAGCAAUGGCCGAGCUAAGAGAGCGAGGGAAGCCCAUCAAUAAAGAGCCACAACCACCACCUCCUCCUCCUCCUGCAUCUGAAUAGUUUCUAAUGUUAACCUUUCUAUUGUCACUUACGAAUGGUUGAUAUUAUUGUUGUAUUACUACUAUCAUUCAAUUAAAUAAGAUCGUUUCGCUUACCAGUUUUUAUGAAGUG